GUUGCCCUAUUGGAAUGGCAAGAAUGAUCAGUACAUCAAACAGCCAUUUGGUAACAUUUUCUUGUAUUAUUGCUUACUUUAUUGCCAUAACAUGUACACUUUCUGGAGCUAAAGACACACUAGGAGUUAGUGAAUCUCUAAAAUUACAAAAUGGAGAGAUCUUGGAGUCCUCCAAUCAGCGUUUUCGGUUCUUGAGUGACCAUUCUUCUUCAAUCUUGGUAAUUCAGUUCGUGUAUCUGAAGCAUUCAGUCAAUGUCUGGGCUGCCAAUAGUUAUCUGGCUGCACCAUCCAGGCCUCGAAUUUCAGCCAUAACCAUGAAUGAAAGUGGAAGGCUAGAGGUUUAUAGCCAGGGAAACCCACAUGUUGCAGUAUUCACUGUGAAUGCUGAACAGAAAGUUAUGAUCAGCAAGACUAGAGCAACUCUGCUUGAUAACGGGAACUUAGUCCUGAGAUCAAGUUCUGGGCGUACCGUUUGGCAAAGCUUUGAUUAUCCUUCUCAUCAUACUCGGCUAUCAUCUGGAAUGAAACUUGAGAUUUCUCUGUUGAGCCAGAAAAGUACAGCAAGUAUGCAGGCUGCUGCUUCUGGCCCUUCACUUCCUCUCGCUCCUGGUUCUCCUUCAUUUCUUAUUGGACCUCCCAGUGGAAGAAAGAAAUCGAAGAGUUCAAGGGUAGUGUUAUAUGUUGUUAGUGCUUCUGUUGCCGCUUUUCUGACAGCUAUACUAUUUUGCAAACUGCGGUCGAGAAUACUAAGAUAUCGUCGACAAAGCAUGGGUUCAGAAACGCCAGAGCUUGAUGACAAAGGGGAUGAUGAAUCAAUGUUCUUCAGUUUUACAAGCAUAGAUAUUGCGACAGAUCAUUUCUCUGAGGAAAAUAAACUCGGCCAAGGAGGAUUUGGUCCUGUCUACAAGGGUAAGCUGGUUAAUGGGCUAGCGAUUGCUGUUAAAAGACUGAAUAGAAUGUCAGGACAUGGAAUUGAACAAUUCAAGAAUGAAGUCAAAGUGAUCUCAAAGCUGCAGCAUCGGAACCUUGUUAAACUUUUGGGCUAUUGCAUUGAAAAAGGAGAGCGUUUAUUAGUAUACGAGUACUUGCCCAAUAACAGUCUAGGUUCAGUACUUUUUGAUGCAGCAAAGCGGGAUACAUUGGAUUGGAAAAGACGGUUGAAAAUUGUUGAAGGGGCAGCUCAAGGGCUUCUGUACCUCCACAAGUAUUCCAGAUUAAAAAUCAUCCAUAGAGAUCUGAAAACGAGCAAUGUUUUAUUGGACGCGGACCUGAAUCCAAAAAUUUCAGAUUUCGGAACUGCCAGAAUUUUUGGAGAGAAUGAAUUGCGCGGAAGUACAAAGAACAUUGUAGGGACAUAUGGUUAUAUGCCUCCUGAAUAUGCCAUGGACGGGAUCUUCUCCGAGAAGUCUGAUGUAUUUAGCUUUGGAGUCAUGAUUCUUGAGAUCAUAAGCGGAAAGAAGAACACUUCUUUCUGUGAUUCGGAUCGUCACCUAAACUUAAUCGGACACGUGUGGGAUUUAUGGACAGAAGGAAGAAUUUCAGAGAUCAUUGAUUCUUGUUUGGAUGAAAAGAUUCCAAGGAGUGAAGCACUACAAUAUGUUCGUGUUGGCUUGUUAUGUGUGCAAGAAAAUGCAGCAGAUAGACCAACAAUGUUAGAUGUGGCAGCUAUGCUCCUCAAUGGAUCAAUGGUACUUGACUCUCCUAAGCGACCAGCUUUUUCUGAAAUUAUAAGCCUCAACAAAGCCAAGUUACGUGAAAAUCCAGAAUUUUGUUCUGUGAACACCAUCACAGUUUCAGAUAAAGUGGGCCGAUGAUUCUUCCUUGACCAGGCGUAUAUUCUUGCUUUGUUACACAAGUUGGGAGUUGGGACAAAUUUUAUUCUUUGAGACAGAAGGUAUAAUUUUAGGAACCUCCCCAGAGGUUUUAAUAAUUAUUGAAACCUUCCUUAAAUCAUAUGAUGAUGUUUUUUUUUUUUAAAUUAUAUGAUGAUG